AUGGCCGUUUCCCGGGAUACGUCCCUCAUUGCAGUGGUAUCAUCGACGUUUGUCGCGCUCCAUAAGAUCGAGCACACGCACAGCCCGACGUUUUUGCGUAUGGGUAGCACCGACGCUCUCGGCGAGGCAGGCUGUGAUGGGGUCAUGACUACGACAGAGGAGAUUGUGCGUGUCGCUUGCACCCUUGGUGAUGCGCGUGGCGUAGUGCUGAACAGCGACGCUUCUCUCGCGGCGGUUUGCACUGAUUCAGGCCUCCUGCUGGUGAGUAGCAUUUUCGGUGACGCGGCGGAAUACGAUGAGCGCGGCACUGCACCACGCUUGACAGUCUUCAACUGCACUCACCUCGGUGCUUCGACGAAGGGUUGCUCUGUUGCCUGUUUCACUGGAGCGCGGCAGCUGCUAAUUGUAGACGACGCCAACCAUCUCGUGCUUCUGCGAUGCGAAAACCCAGACGAAGUAGUGGGCGAUACGAAUGAAGACGUCAGCACGUGCGCCAUAUGCCCGCCAAGUGCGUCACCGAUGCCGGUGACACUGCAGCGAAUGGUCGACGGGCACAUCUGCAGUUGCACCGCUCGUGUCACGGCCGUCGCCUGUAGCCACAGCGGCGCCUAUGGGGAAAGCAUAGUCGUGCUGGGACUCUCCAAUGGCACCGUGCAAGUCCUGAAUGGACAGACGCUGAAAGCGCUGCGUACGUGGGGUGUACAGGAAGCCGUCACUAACGCCUUCAUCUCCUCGGACGCAGUGGCAGUCGCCAGCUCGCAUCGUCGCAGUAGGCCAUCGCAGGUUACAUCGCGGGCUCGCCUAGGCAUGCCAGAUACAGUGGCGGCCGCUGCGGCUUCGCCGGAUGUGACCAUCUAUGAUGUCUGCGUCGGAGCGCAUCUUAUCACGCUCUGCACCUCGCACGGUGUCGUCUACUACAGCCGAUUUACCUUUCAGCUGGAAAGCGCCUACACGCAGCUCUUGGCAACGCCGCUUGUGCAAGUGGGAGGAGCAGCGGCAACAGGGGCGGCUGUCCUCCACGGCACCGCAAUGCGGGGUGGGCUAAAUGGUCGUUGGGCGUACAUCCAUGUAUUUGAUGGCGUCCUCUACUUCUCUCCGCGUGACGUCGACACGCAGCACACACUGGAGGUGCGCUCGGUGGAGGGGGGCAUGGCUAGGGAGGACAUUGUACACGCACGUGCCCCACUCCCAGCGACGUGGUUAGACAGCAUGGCCAGUGGAAGGCCUGCGUCGAGAUCUUUCGUGCCCUCACAGGCGUCGCUUCCAAAGCCGGCAAAAGGAAGCGGCUACACUGCCGCCCCGUGGUCUGUGCAGCAGGAACGCAGGCUAAAGGCACAAACAGCCGUGGCCCGCAACCGCAAGGCACAGGCGUUUGGUGCAGCGACCGCCUCGGCAGUUGCGUCUAAAAAUGCGCUCCGCUUCCAGUACGACUUCGCCUCCAUCUUUAGCGUAGGACGUCCGAGUCUGACGCGCAUGGAGGCCGCCAGCUCUGCUUUGCGCGGCCUUCACACGCGCGCUGUCAUGGCGACCGCGUUUACCACCGCCGGUGAUGCUCUCAUCGCCGCCGGUGGUGACGGCCGAAUACAACAACUGCACUUCCCCAUCGCGCGCGCGAAGGGCACGGACGGACUUGCUGGACGCAUCUUCGCUGGUCACGCUGCGGCUGUCACUGCUGUCGAUACAAACCUGUCCCGUCAGCACCCCCUCGUCCUCUCUGGCGGCGCUGACGGCUGUCUCCGGAUUUGGUCACCUGGAGUACGGGAUACGCCAGUAGCGGAGUGCACUGUGGGCUGCGGUGGCGGCCAGGUGGCACGUGCGGCGUCGGGGAACUCCGCCGUGGCAGCGCAGUUCUUCUACCUAGAUAAAUUCGUACUCUCAUGCGCGGCAGAUGCACUCGAGCUCCGUCGUAAUCCCUGUGGCAUUUGCGCGUUGCCGGUGACAGCGUCACUGUCCAGCACCUACGAUACUGAAAAAGGUCUCUCACGAGCCCCUCUCUACAGGUUCUCGGUCGGGACUGGACAUUCGAUCACAUCAGCGACCGCAGUGAACCACUUCGCCAGCAACGUUGUCUUCCUGGCCACCUCAGAAAAGGAGGUGCAGCUGCUGGACGUGGCGGCGAACACAGUGCUGUGGCGCGAGGGGACAACGCACUCGCGCGGUAUAUAUCGCGUCGCCACAGGCCGCACGAGCCGCUACGCUGGAGCCGAUGGAAGCAACGCUACUGCGCAUCUCUUCAUGUCAGCAUCGCUGGAUAGCACGGCAGCACUCUGGGAUGUGCGCAUGGCGAAGCCAGCGCAGCUUUUCACUCAGCACUCGAACACAGGCGUUCCAUCGUUAGCGCUGGAGGUGGCUCCCGGAAUUGGUGUUGUAGCAGUGGCUAGCCAGGAUAAUGGGGUCUACAUGUACGACCUUCGCGGCGGUUGUGGUGCUGUCGCUCUCGACGUGCUACGUGGACUCGACUCGUAUGCCACCUCUCUUGCGUGGCAUCCACUUCGUCCAGUCUUGGUGGCAGGGUUGGCCAGUGGUGACGUGCACGUCCUUCAGCACACAACGUAG